GCGAUGGAGGGAGUGUGCAUUCCGGCCUCUAGCGGAGGAUUUCUCCCUUGUUCCCUCUCAUGGCAGGAUCUUGCAAGAAUGCGGUAGCGCGAGGGAUCUAGGCGGAGGAUCGAGAGCGCAAGAAUUUCCAGAUUAAAUUAUUUUCCAAUGGCCAAAGAGAGAUCAAAAAGAAAACGCGAUGGCGCAGCAGUGGUAGAAGGAGUAGCCGCCGCCGCCACCACCAACAACAACAACACGACCCCUCCUUACAAUGGCUCGGACGUUCCAACUUGGCCCCGCUGGGCUCAUCCACGCCCGGAUACUUUCUACGGCGCUCCAGCUCCAUACAACGCUUACGACUGGUCGCAUUCAUGGCCGUCACACAUGAGAGGUGGCGGCGGCGGCGGCGGCGACUCCAACUUUCCUGGCGGCGACUUUGGCGGAUUCCCAAGAGCUGGCUAUGCAUUCCCAGGCGCUGCAAUGCAACCGGGACCGGGACCAGUGCCACCCUCCGCUACACCACCUCCGGCCAUCAACACUUCGCCACCUCGGGCAUCGCCACCCUCGUCAGCUCUCCGCUCCGACUCCCAGAGCGAUGGAUCGUCCUUCUCGGACGGAGACACCCCGACGCAGGAGGCAGACGAGGGGACGAAGCACAGGAGGAAGCGAAAGAGCUCCGAGAAGAAGAGCGCCGCCGACUCGACCAAGAGCAAGGAUCCCAAAGGAAAGUCGGCCGGGGACGAGAACACCGCCAAGAACAAGCGCUACGGGAUCGAGGAAGUCAAGGACCUGGUGAGGUUCCGGACGGAGUUACAGGCCAAGUUUGAGACAAUGUCAACGCAUCUGGAGCUGUGGACGAGCAUCGGCGACAAGAUGGGCGAGCGCGGGCAUCCCAGGAGGCAGUGGGAGAGCUACCGGGACAAGUGGGACAUCGAGCUGCGUCGGUACCAAAAGGAGCUCAAGCUGCUGCUCUCACAGGCCGGACUGGCCGAGAACAAGGAGCUCGAGCACCCGGAGCAGCUGGUCUUCUCGGACGAGACGCUCCAGGAGAUCCACAGCCGGCUCAACUUGCGGCCCAAGGCGGCGCUGCGGUCGCGCUUCCAGAGCGGCGUCGGUGGCGCGAGGGGAUGCCUGGGCGACGAGGCCGCUGCUCGUGAAGUCGCCGGGAAGAGGAUGAAGAAGUCCGCAAACAACCAGCUGCUCGUAGACUCCAUCGUCGACAAGGUGGUGGAGAAGAUUGGGACUUUCGAUGACACCGCCUCGGCACAGGGAUUCAAGGAGGUGCUGGACGCCGUCGUCAACCUCACGAACGUGUUGCUGGCGGAGGCGAGCGCGCAGCCGACCGAGUUUGAGAUCGACAACCAGGUGUUCAGCUGGCUCAAGAGCAUCGGCAAGGACCAGUACGCGAGCUACUUCGCGGCGUCGCACGUAGACUGGACCAACUUGCUGCUGCUCGACAAGGAUGAUCUAAUGGAGAUGAAGAUCCCGGUCGGGCCUCGCAAGUUCAUCCUCAAGGAGCUGGAGAAGCUCAGGCCGGAGAUCCACGGCAGUAGCGGCCAAGCCAUGACCGUGAUCCCAGGCCAAGAACCCGAAGGCGUUGUAUAACAGAGUAAACUCUUCUCCCCCAACCUCAAUCAAGUCUUUUGCCGCU